GCUGCGCACGUCAGAUUCGCGCCACUUCUUGGACCGUGACUGGGUAGAACCGCAAGCUGCGAGUGAAUGAAUACAGUUCUGGGGUGAUUGUGAAGUGACUAAACCGUGAAUUUUUAACUACAUUUUGGUUCGUUAGCUCUUUAGGACUUUUGGAAUCAAGUCGCCUCACCUGACGGUCAACGUCUGCAGCUAUGGCUCGUAAGGAUUAUGCAGCAGAGAAAGACAAAUGCAAAAGGUUCCUGCAGGAGUUUUACUCAGAGGAUGAAAAUGGGAAGAAGGUGUUCAAAUAUGGAGCUCAACUUGUGGCACUGGCCCACAGGGAGCAGGUGUCUCUCUAUGUUGAUCUGGACGACGUGGCUGAAGAAGACCCCGAGCUUGUUGAGAGCAUCUGUGAGAAUGCAAAGCGCUACACGGGUCUGUUCGCCGACGCUGUCCACGAGCUGCUGCCCGAGUACAAAGAAAGAGAUGUUGUGGCCAAGGAUUCUUUGGACGUGUACAUUGAACACAGGCUGAUGAUGGAACAAAGGGGUCGCGACCCUGCAGACACCAGAGACUCUCGUAACCAAUACCCACCUGAACUCAUGAGGCGAUUCGAGUUGUACUUCAAGUCUCCCAGCACCACUAAACCCAAAGUGGUCCGUGAUGUACGUGCGGACAGCAUCGGCAAUCUGGUGACAGUUCGGGGAAUAGUGACCCGUGCCACUGAGGUCAAACCAAUGAUGGCUGUCGCUACAUACACGUGUGACCAGUGUGGUGCUGAGACAUAUCAGCCAAUCCAGUCUCCCUCCUUCAUGCCCCUCGUCAUGUGUCCCAGUCAAGAGUGUGUCACAAACAAAUCUGGAGGUCGCCUCUACCUCCAGACUAGAGGCUCUAAAUUUGUCAAGUUCCAGGAGCUGCGUAUUCAGGAACAUAGUGACCAGGUGCCUGUCGGAAAUAUUCCAAGGAGCAUGUCUGUGUACGCCCGCGGAGAAAACACACGUCUCGCUCAGCCAGGAGACCACGUGGCCAUCACGGGAGUCUUCCUCCCUCUUCUGCGUACAGGCUUCAAACAGGCUGUUCAGGGUCUUCUGUCAGAAACAUACAUGGAGGCCCACAGCAUCACACUCAUGAACAAGACAGAGGAUGAUGAGCUGGGCAGUGAGGAGCUGACUGAUGAGGAGCUGCGUAGCAUCACAGAUGAAGGAUUUUAUGAGAAGCUAGCUGGAUCAAUAGCCCCAGAGAUCUAUGGACAUGAAGAUGUAAAGAAGGCUUUGCUCCUGCUGCUGGUUGGAGGUGUGGAACAGGCACCCAAAGGCAUGAAAAUCAGAGGCAAUAUAAACAUCUGUCUGAUGGGAGACCCGGGAGUUGCCAAGUCCCAGCUGCUGUCCUACAUUGACCGCCUGGCUCCUCGAAGCCAGUACACGACAGGACGCGGUUCGUCCGGUGUCGGUCUGACUGCGGCAGUGAUGCGUGACCCUCUGACUGGGGAAAUGACCCUGGAAGGCGGAGCCCUGGUGCUAGCCGAUCAGGGCAUCUGCUGCAUUGAUGAGUUUGACAAAAUGGCAGACGCUGACCGCACAGCCAUCCACGAGGUGAUGGAACAGCAGACCAUCUCCAUAGCUAAGGCGGGCAUCAUGACCUCCCUCAAUGCACGUUGCUCUAUUCUGGCAGCAGCCAACCCCGCCUACGGCCGCUACAAUCCCCGGAAGAGCAUCGAGCAAAACAUUCAGCUGCCAGCUGCUCUGCUCUCCCGUUUCGACCUGCUCUGGCUGAUCCAGGACAAGCCCGACGCCGACAGCGACCUGCGUCUGGCCCAGCACAUCACCUACGUCCACCAGCACUGCCGCCAGCCGCCCACACACUUCACCCCCAUCGACAUGAAGCUGAUGAGGCGUUACAUCGCUCUGUGUAAGAAGCGGCAGCCUGUGGUGCCCGAGUCACUGGCUGACUACAUCACUGCUGCUUAUGUGGAGAUGAGGAAAGAGGCCCGAGUGAGCAAAGACACCACCUUCACCUCAGCCCGUACCCUCCUGUCCAUCCUUCGUCUGUCCACUGCCCUGGCUCGUCUGCGCAUGAUGGAUUCUGUGGAGAAGGAAGACGUCAACGAGGCAAUGAGACUGAUGGAGAUGUCGAAGGAUUCGCUACAAGCCGACAAGUCUGGCACCACGAGGACUCAGCGCCCGGCCGAUGUCAUCUUCUCCCUGGUGCGCGAGCUCUCCACGGAAGGCGUGGGUGGUCGCGGUGGAGCCGGCGGGGUGGUUCGCAUGGCUGAAGCAGAGCAGCGCUGCGUCUCGCGUGGCUUCACCCCCGCCCAGUUCCAGGAGGCCUUGGAGGAGUACGAGGAGCUGAACGUGUGGCAGAUCAACCAGGCCCGCACCCGCAUCACCUUUGUCUGAAAAACCUGGGCCACGUCUUCGUGCACGUGGUUUUCAGCCUCUCUGACUCUUUAUCGUGGGCUUUCUACAAGCUUGUCCUCCUCGCCAGCAUUUUGUGACACAAGUCGAGCAGAAUGUGGGCACUUCUCACGCUUGUCUGUUUUGUAACAAUUCCUGCUGUUGCAUCCUGCAACGUUUUUAUAUUCUGUUCACCAGUAAAGUCACUUGUAAAUAUGUAUGUUAGAACGUGGGAUUGCGUCGAGUCUGCUGUUUAGAGCUUAAAGCUUUGGACGUGGAUGCAUUUCUGUACAUUUUAAAUGCUGUUAAUGCAAAUCGGGCAAAUUAACGUUGAGCCUUGUAUUAUGACGGAUAGUUAUAAUAAAUUGAUGGUUCAGUACAGUG